UAGGUCGCCGCCUCUUUUCCUCUCCACUCGUCCGCGGGACGCGACGCGACGACACCGGAGGGUUUUCUGCGGGGAUUUGUUUGUCGCCAACUCGCCGGCAGCCAAGAUGAGGCCGGUCUUCGUGGGGAACCUGGACUAUGACACCCGCCACUCGGAGCUCGACCGCCUCUUCUACCGCUACGGCAGGGUCGAGCGCAUCGACAUCAAGUCAGGCUAUGCUUUUGUCUACUUUGAGGAUGAACGUGAUGGCAAUGAUGCUAUACGGGCUCUUGAUGGUUAUCCAUUUGGCCCUGGCAGACGCAGGCUUUCAGUAGAGUGGUCACGGGGUGAGCAAGCUGGUAGACGUGAUGGCAACAAACCAGAAGCAAAUACUAAGCCAACUAGGACACUGUUUGUCAUUAACUUUGAUCCAAUGAACACAAGAGUCAGUGACAUCGAAAGGCACUUCACACCAUUUGGGAACAUAUCAAGUGUUCGGAUAAGGAAGAACUUUGCUUUUGUUCAGUUUGAAACUAUGGAAGAAGCAAGAAAGGCUCUUGAAGCUACUCAUGCUACCACCCUUUUGGACAGGGUGAUUUCUGUCGAGUACGCCUUCAGGGAUGAUAGUGAAGUGAGUGAUAGGUACGGCAGCCCAAGAAGAGGUGGUGGCUAUGGUAGGCGGGGUGAUAGCCCAGUGUACCGGUCACGUCCUAGUCCAGACUAUGGUCGCCCAGCAAGUCCUGUAUAUGGUUCAUAUGACGGUCCUGGUCCUGUUCGUGAUCGCUAUCGGAGAUCUCCUGCUUAUCGAUCAAGGUCCCCACCUGCGAAACGAAGAGCAUAUGACUAAUCGAGAACCCUCUGUUAUGCCAUAUAUGGCCUAGGAACACCCUGUAGCAAGAACUUACUGUACCUGUACCGGAGCGUCACCUUAAUGUCCUUAAAUUCCCGUGUUUAAUGGUCUGUACAUGGUUAUGCUAUGCGACUGUCAGGUUUCACUGCAUGCAAUAUUGUCAUUUGGCUGC